AUGCAUGCGCUGGGCGCUCUGGCUGCGCUCUCACUGCUGGGCUGGACCAAGGGCAGCAAACGGCGGAAUGUGGCUCUGCAGAGCACCGGGGGACUGCCAGGAGCGAGGCAGUGGGCAGCAGGGCCCGGCCUCCAGGUGAGAGGCAUCGCCGUCCGUCGGGGGUCCCGGGCGUCGCCAGGGCAACGAACCGGGGCGGAGCAGCCGGUGCCGACGCCCGGAUGGGCGGGACCGGGGCGGGGAGCGGAGCGGCUGCGGGCGGCCGGUGAGCGGCACCGGGAGGGCACCGGGAGCGGGCGGGGCCGGGCCGGGCCGGGCUUCCCUUUGUCUGCGGGACGGCGGUGGGCGGGACCGGGGUGCGGAGCGGGGACGGCGGAGCUUUGCGAGACGCCGAGCCGCUCUCCCCGCGGACGCCGAGGGGUCGCGGAGCCGGGGACCCCCGUGCCAUGCCGGCAGCCCGCCCGGGCCGGGAGCUGCCCCUGCAGCGCACAGGUCUUGCUGGAGGACGGCCAGCAGCCGGCCCUGCCACGCACCACGGAGGAACCGCCAGCAUCCCCACGUGAGCCCACCGUGCCAGGGCAGGCAGCCUGCACCAUGAGCCUGGAGAAAGCCGGGGGUCGGUUUUGCAGCGGGAAGCGCGCCGGUCUGCCGGCCCAGCGGCCCUUCCCCGUCAUCCAGAAGGUGGUGGCAUCCAUGGCUCACCUGCAGGAGGAGAAGCUGCGGCUGCAGGAGGAGCUGCUGGCUCUGCAGGAGAAGCUGGCUGCCCGCGAGAGCGAGGAGAUGGCCGUCUCCGUCCAGCUGCGAGGGCAGGUUGAGAACUUGAAGGCAAAUCUGCGGGAGCAGGCACAGGAGAUCGGCAGGCUGCGCUCGGAGAUGGGCGGCACGGACGCGGAGAAGCACCGGGACCUGCUGGUGGCUGAGAACGAGCGGCUGCGGCAGGAGAUGAAGGCACGUGAAGGGGAGCUGCGGGAGCUGCGGCGGCAGCAGGCGGCGUGCAGGGACUGCACCCACCUCCAGGAGAACGCCGGGCUGCAGGAGCGGCUGUGCCAGCUGCAGAGAGAGGCGGAGGAGGCCCGAGCCAAGCUGGCGGAGCUGGAGCUGGAGGUGCAGCAGAAGACGAACCGCCUGGCCGAGGUGGAGCUGCGGCUCAAGGAUUCGCUGGCCGAGAGAGCGCAGGAGGAGGAGCGGCUCAGCCGGCGGCUGCGGGACAGCCAGGAGACCAUCGCCAGCCUCAGGGCUCAGCCCCAGCAGAUAAAGUACAUCAUCAAGACGGUGGAGGUGGAGUCAGCCAAGGCGAAGCAGGCCCUGUGUGAGAGCCAGUCCCGGAACCAAUACCUGCAGGAGCAGGUGGGGAUGCAGAGGCAGGUGCUGAAGGAGAUGGAGCAGCAGCUGCAGAGCUCCCAGAAGACAGCGGCUCAGCUCAGGGCACAGAUUGCCAUGUAUGAGUCGGAGCUGGAGCGGGCCCACGGGCAGAUGCUGGAGGAGAUGCAGGUGAUGGAGGAUGAGAAGAACCGUGCCAUUGAAGAGGCAUUUUCCCGUGCCCAAGUGGAGAUGAAGGCGGUGCAUGAGAACCUGGCGGGGGUGCGGACCAACCUGCUGACAUUGCAGCCCGCGCUGCGCACCCUCACCCACGACUACAACAGCCUGAAGCGGCAGGUGCGGGACUUCCCCCUGCUCCUCCAGGAGACCCUGCGGAGCGCCAGGGCCGAGAUCGGGCAAGCCAUCGAGGAGGUGAACAGCACCAACCGGGAGCUGCUGCGCAAAUACCGCCGGGAGCUGCAGCUCCGCAAGAAGUGCCACAAUGAGCUGGUGCGGCUGAAAGGGAACAUCCGCGUCUUCGGGAGAGUCCGUCCCAUCACUAAGGAGGAUGGAGAGGGCCCGGAGGCGGUCAGCGCGGUGACAUUUGAUGCGGAUGACGAUGCUGUCCUGCACCUCCUGCACAAGGGGAAACAGGUGUCCUUUGAGCUGGACAAGGUGUUUCCUCCACAGGCAUCGCAGGAGGAGGUGUUUCAAGAGGUUCAGGCCCUGGUCACGUCCUGCAUCGAUGGGUACAACGUCUGCAUUUUUGCCUAUGGACAGACAGGAGCAGGGAAGACGUACACAAUGGAGGGAACCUCCACAAACCCGGGCAUCAACCAGCGAGCCCUGCAGCUGCUCUUCUCUGAGGUGCGGAGCAAGGCGGCUGACUGGGACUACGCCAUCAGCGUCAGCGUGGCUGAGAUCUACAACGAGGCACUCAGGGACCUGCUGGGGAAGGAACCCCAGGAGAAGCUGGAGAUCAAACUGUGCCCUGAUGGCAGCGGGCAGCUCUACGUGCCCGGGCUGACUGAGUUCAGCGUGCAGAGCGUGGAGGACAUCAAUAAGGUCUUCGAGUUCGGCCACGUCAACCGCGUGACGGAGUGCACCAACCUGAACGAGCACAGCUCCCGCUCCCACGCGCUGCUCAUCAUCACCGUCCGCGGCCUGGACCGCAGCACGGGGCUGCGCACCACAGGGAAGCUGAACCUGGUGGACCUGGCGGGCUCGGAGCGCGUCGGGCGCUCGGGCGCGGAGGGCAGCCGGCUGCGUGAGGCUCAGUACAUCAACAGGUCGCUGUCGGCACUGGGGGACGUCAUCUACGCGCUGCGCUCCCGCCAGGGCCACGUGCCCUUCCGCAACUCCAAGCUGACCUACCUGCUGCAGGACUCGCUCAGCGGGGACAGCAAGACCCUCAUGAUGGUGCAGGUCUCCCCCGCCGAGAAGAACAGCAGCGAGACGCUGUGUUCCCUGAAGUUUGCCGAGCGUGUCCGCUCCGUGGAGCUGGGCCCUGUGUCCCGCAAGGCCGAGCUGGUGUCCUGGCCCAGCCAGGAGCAGCUGGAGGGUGACUUGCCGGGAUCCUCCAGCCGGAGCCACGCGUCCCCCAGCCCUGGGCUGCCCAGCGGCCGCACCACCUCCAUCCGCAGGAAGCUGCAGACCUCAGGGAAGCUGAGGCCGGUCCCCGUGUGACACAUGCUGCAGGACCUGGCCCCUCACCCACCUUGGUGCCCCGGCCACAUUUGGAGCUGU